AGGGCUGUUCACCACACACAGUUCAGCCUGCACGUCACCUGUUGCUUAAUAAGUGUCUUUUAAAAGCAGGAGCUGGAAAACAGGAGCUUGACAAGGUAUAGGAACAGUGCUGUUGCACACUGGCCUUGGGGAAAAUAGCAGUCAGCUGGGGAGGGGUUGGGUUUCAGCAAUUUGUUUAUGCAUAUCACCCAAGAACGGAGCAAAAAAAGCCAGGCGUGAAUUUGAAGAGGCAGCAGGCUUUCAAGUGCCAUCUCCUUGUCAGGCACACAGGACACAUUGCAAAGUCCGAGACUUGGAUAAAACAUCUGCGCCGCUGGUGCCUUUUCACUUUCUGUUUUAGCGGAGAGAGAGGAGAAACAGGAGAGAAGAAGAACAGCACCCCCACUCCUGAAUUGUCCUUGCAGGAACACUUGCCCCCUCUGGUGAAAAAUUGCGAUACUAAAUGUCAGAGACAGAUGACAGGCCUGCUCCAAAACAGGCCUGUUGAAGAGAGGGGAGGGUGGAUGAAUGGUGGAGUGGGAUGGGGUGAAGGGGGGGCAGGUCUCUUACGAACCUGCUGCUAUUAAUAACAUGUAACGAACAUAAUCUGUAGGAUAAGUUAUCCGCUUAUGUUUGUUGGUAGAGUUGAGAUCGAAAAGCCAUUGCAGUUUCAUUUCUAAUGUUCUUAUCCAGCCCCACAGCAGUGAAAGAAGUGAAGAGAAAGCCAAACAAAUGUUAAACGUAUAGUUUUGCUUUUCCCCCACUAUGUCACUCCAGUACCUUGCCCUAGGGAAGAAAACGUGACUAAGACUGAGUGCACAUUCUUAUUAUAUGCCAAUUUGCAGUGACUAUAAAGCACUUAUUUCAAGUGACAAUAAUUCUGUUUGUCGUGUUAAAUAUGAAUACUCUCCCAUCGUGCUCCGGUGCCAGAAUAUCUGGCUGUUGGGCUCUCAGGUCCGAUGGCAGCGGCAGCAGUGAAGAUUCUCUAGACAGGCUUCUCCCUCCUGUGAACACAACUCUUUCUCCGCGGAAGAGAACCACAAGCCAGUGCAAGUCUGAGCCACCUUUACUCAGAACAAGCAAAAGGACUAUUUAUACCGCAGGGAGGCCACCUUGGUAUAACGAACAUGGUACACAGUCAAAAGAAGCUUUUGUAAUCGGACUGUGUGGUGGCAGUGCCUCUGGGAAGACAACAGUGGCCAGGAAGAUCAUCGAAGCUUUGGAUGUGCCCUGGGUCGUCCUUCUUUCUAUGGAUUCCUUUUAUAAGGUUCUCUCUCCAGAAGAGCAGCAGCUGGCUGCCAGUAACGACUACAAUUUCGACCACCCAGAUGCUUUUGACUUCUCCUUACUGGUGUACACGCUGAGGAAACUGAAACAGGGCAAGAGUGUGAAGAUCCCUGUAUAUGACUUCACCACACACGGCAGGCAGAAGGAAUGGAAAACUGUUUAUGGGGCCAGUGUUAUUAUUUUUGAGGGCAUUAUGUCUUUUGCAGACAAAGAACUGUUAAAGCUUUUAGACAUGAAGAUCUUUGUUGAUACAGAUUCUGAUAUCCGUCUGGUGCGUCGCCUACGCAGAGACAUAACUGAGCGUGGGCGUGACAUUGAGGGCGUCAUCAAACAGUACAACAAGUUUGUGAAGCCUGCCUUUGAGCAGUACAUUGAACCCACUAUGCGUCUGGCUGAUAUAGUCGUCCCAAGGGGUGGAGGGAACAUGGUAGCUAUUGAUCUCAUAGUUCAGCACGUUCACAGUCAGCUUGAGGAGAGGAAACUGCGCUGGGAUAUGGCAGCGCUGGCUUCGGCACACCAGUCUCAGCCUCUGCCAGAGACCCUCAGCGUUCUGGAGAGCACUCCACAGGUCAAAGGCAUGCACACCAUCAUCAGAAAUAAGGAGACCAGUCGGGAUGAGUUCAUCUUUUACUCAAAGAGGCUGAUGAGGCUGCUCAUUGAGCAUGCUCUCUCCCUCCUGCCAUUUCAGGCUUGUACAGUUCAGACGCCCCAAGGGCAGGAUUAUGACGGAAGAACUUUUCAUGGCAUAAGAAUCACAGGGGUCUCGAUCCUCCGUGCGGGGGAGACAAUGGAGCCCGCCCUCAGAGCUGUGUGUAAAGAUGUGCGAAUUGGGAAGAUCCUCAUUCAGACCAACCAGGACACAGGAGAACCAGAGUUGCACUACCUUAGGCUUCCAAAGGAUAUCAGUGAGGACCAUGUGAUUCUGAUGGACUGCACCGUUUCUACAGGAGCAGCUGCUAUGAUGGCAGUACGAGUCUUGCUGGACCAUGAUGUUCAGGAGGAUAAGAUCUUCCUGGUGUCCCUGCUGAUGGCUGAGAUGGGAGUUCAUUCAGUGGCCUACGCCUUCCCUCAGGUCAAGAUUAUCACCACCGCUGUUGACAAGAAAGUCAAUGACCUCUUUCACAUCAUCCCAGGGAUAGGUAACUUCGGUGACCGGUAUUUUGGAACAGAUGCCCCUCCUGAUUGGAGCGACGAUGAUCUGGAUGAACCAAGUUACUGACAGCAGGCUUUCCAGCUCCAAAAUUCAACUGUUUGCAGAUUGAGGCAGCUUCAUGCAGUCAACUUGCUCUGACGCUUAUAGCAAGGUGUGGGACCAGAGCUCUCCUUUGAAAUUAAGAGGCUCAUGGGUGUUUUUAAUGAUCCAUGCAACGCUUUGAAAAGCUAUAAAAUGACAGAGUAAAGACUAUAAAUAUGUAUAUUUAACAGAUUUUUAUAUUUUAUUUUGGAUUUAGAAAAUAAUGUUAUAACUCUUCAUAAAUAUGAAGAAUUAUUAUAUAUGAGUAUAUUUUUAUUGAAAAAACAUCACUGGCUGGAUACGUAAUUUUUUUUUAUUUUUAAGAACAAUAUCGCCCUUUGUAUAGCUGUUUAAAGUUCAAACCUAGUGCGUAACAAGAUAUAGAAAUGGAAUGUUACCUGCAGAAGAAGUAAAAGGUUGCUCAGAACCUUCCCCUACAUACAGUACCUUUAUGAUGAUAAACAGGACGUAAAAGAUAUUUUGAGUUGUAUUCAACAACACAAAUUAUUUUAUUUAUAUGAAUGAGGGUGAAGAAAUUUUCUUCACCCUCAAGAAUAUUUCUUAAAUGCUACCUUAAGGUGUACGUUUCUUUUCGCAUUGAACACAAAGUGUUGCCAGGACCACUGCAUCGGAAAACUGUGUGGGCGGCACAGUUUUUAACCAUUUUUUUCCCCUCCUUGGCUAAAACAAUAGUGACCAAACCACUAUCUUGCAGAAGCUGCAGAGAGAAUCAUUUGCAGGACAUAGUUUUGCAGAAAGCCUUAAAUACACAGUGGCAGUCAAGUCGAUAUACAGUAUAUAUAUUUAUAUCCCCUUGUUUUUCCUUUCUCUUUGUGGCAUAAAUAGAACUAGAGAACAUCAGAUUAAGGUAAUGUAUGUCAAUGAAGGUGAAGCCUGCCUGACUAUAUGUGUUACCAUAGCCGUGCACAAUAAACACCUGAAUAUAAAUUGGCAAUCAAAUGAACAAGCGAAGUGAGAAGCUCCGUACUGAAAGCACUGUUUAUGGAAUAGUUUUACAACAUCUGCACUCUUCAGGGUAAAUGACUUGUAUCCGAUUUUCUCAUUUUAAUUACCACAAUAGUGUUUACACUUUUAUUUGUUUUGUUUCAACUUGACACCGUAGGGACUGAUGUUUUCUACCUCGAUAUGUUCAGCACUCCUUGUUCAUUGUAUACGUUGUAUUACUACAAAUACAAAGUGUUUUAAAUACAAUAAUUUGUUCAAAUGAGCUGUACAAACCGGCUUAGCAUUUUUAAAACUGUACAGAUUAUGAAGCAGUGCAGUGAUUAUAUUAUUAGUAGAACAAAGGUUUUUAUGGAGAAUCAUAAAUGUUUGAGAGGACUGUAUUAAUGAAUCUGUAUUUCUUUUUUUAAUGGUCCUUUUUGCUGUGUUCCAUUUCAGCAUACUGGAAGAACUGUUUAAAGUUAGGUAUUCAUUGCUGGGCAUUGUAACUUUUAAAUGAGAGAAAUAUAUUUGAAAUCUUUAGCAUACACUUAGUACAUGUGAUAACUGUGGCCUACGCUGGCGAUUCAGUUUGAACAACAUUGCUUACCUUGAUCGUACAGUAAAUGUGUGUGAGAUUUGUACUUCACACAGUAUAUGCUGUGUUUUAGAACAGUUUGCAAAGUUAUGUGCAACUCACUGUUGUGUGCUAAUUUACAAAUAUACAUUGAACAAAGUGUAGGAUUUUUUUUCAACACUUAAAGAUGUAGAGGAGUUCUUUUGAAACAUAUUGCAUGAUGAGAUAUUUUCAUUGUUGUUUUAUAAGUUUACUGAUAUUCGGUUUUCAGCUAGUUUGAUGGGUUGAAUUUGAUAAAAACUCCAGGCAUAGCCAGAAUCAUUGAAUACAUUCAUUAUUCAUUUAAUGAUGUGGCAGGCAGAAUGUAUAAAUCUGAAUUUAAUUUAGAUCACAAAUUUUUAUGGUUGAAUGAAAAAAGUGUAACAAGCAAUAUAAAAUGGGAUUAACUCUAACUCAAAAUGUAUUGAACAACUCCUAUUUAUGUACUUAGUAGUAGUAAAUUAUAUUUAUACAAGUGUUUGGUGAUAUCUGUUGUGAAGUUCUGUGAGUCAAGUAUUGAAUUUAUUUGCCCUAAUUUGAUAUGUCUAAGGCUUUUCUCCUGUUUUCUCAUAGGUUUGAUUUUUUAAAAUAUAUUUAAAACUUUAGUCUGAAAUGCUAUAAAACCUAAAUCUGAUAAACCCACCAGAUACAGUAGAAGGACCUAAAAGCACUAUUUUUUUUUCAUUGGAAUUGCUAUAACUUUCAGGUUAGUCUUAGUGUGCACUGAGUGUGGAGUUUUAUUGUUUUCUUCAAAACAAUUCUAAAUGCUGCUCUUUUAUUUAUCAUUGCAGAAAAAGUACAGAAGCACAGUUUUGUUUUAGUUGCCAGCAAGUUUUUAAAAAAAUGUUGUUUUGAACAUAUAAAUACGUCAUCUAUGUAGAACUUCAAUUAUAAUUUAGCUGUUUGUUUUUGAGCUACAUUUUGCAUGAAAUUUUAAAUUGAAGUGAAAUAAUACUACAUAAGCUAAUUUGCUACAUUUUGGAUUAUUUAAAAAUAUAUUUACAAAUGUUUUUUUUUUAUUUUAAUAAAACUUAUCACAUGGCCCAAUAACGAUUUUCCCCAUGCAGAGGUUUAAAGUUUCUUAAUGCACAAGGGAAAAGUAAAAUACAUUUAAAAACGUUUUUUUUUUCAAGGAAAUAUGAUAUGGCUUUGAACUGGCUUUUUUGUGUCACCUGAACUGUUUUUUCUUUAAAAUUUCUGUUGUAUUUUUUAUCGGAACUGUGAUUAUCAUCACUGAAAUGUUUUCGUAUUGUUUGGAUGAAGUUAAGACCAUCAUGGCUACAUUUCAGUGACAAUACCAUAGUGCUGGGCUUAAACUCACCUCUAUUGAAUGAGCAUACUGUAAGUCAGGUAAAUAAGUUUUAUUUGUUAUAAUGUCUAUAUUAAUAGCUGUGAGUGCUUUUCAGAAUUGUUUUUUCAGUAGAAACAUGCAAUGAAUCGUUUGUUGCUUUUUCCACAUAUAUUGCACUUUUAGAACAGCUCCAUAAGUAGGUCAUAGCCCAGUACUGUGUCAAAUGAUGCAAGAUGCUAAAACCCAAAAUAAAGAUAAUAUAGUCUGUAAUGAAUUGUGAUAUUUUAAUCCUUCUUAUUUCUUUAAAAAAUAUUUUCCACUAGCAAGUUUCAUUUUGAACAAUACCAGACUUCGUAUUUCCUGUGAUAUAGACGUGACACUGUUACAGUUGAGAAUCAUUAAGUCAAGCUCAUCCAAAAAAAAAACAUCACGGUCACUAGCGUGAAUGUUUUGUGGGGUGCAGGAGACAAGGGUAUUUCUUUCAUCUGUGAAAUAUUAAUGCACAAACAAGAAACAAAAUUUAAGCUCCAGUGCAUGCAUUAAUGAUGAUCCAGAAGGAAAGCUCUUAAUGCUGUCCUUAAAAUGAAACUGGUUUCCUUUUUAAACGUUUUCCAUUUUUCCAUUUUAAAAGUAUACAGAAUAUUGCAUUUGUAGAUGCCCUGGAAAAAAGACAAUGGUAAAAACAACUGGAGUUUUUGGAAUUUUGGGCCAAAUUAACAUCACGCCUCCAUUAAGAAUAAUUCUGCACGUUAAUUUUUUCUCUCUUGGUUCUGCUCUCCAUAUACUACUGAAAAGGUUUCCAGAAGUUCAGAGUUCAUAAGAAAAGGAGUCUGAAGUUGAGACUGGGGAACUGUGAUCUGAAAUGUCUCAAAUGUGCUACGUCCCUUUAGUGGGUUUAAUAAUAGUCACUUAAUGCAGCUGAUAAUAUGACUUUUGAAAGAAGGCCUUCUAAGUGUGCUUAAAGGCCUUGUUCUUAUAUUGCUUUCUUGCCACAAGGUUCUUCUGUUACUGACUGGAAUUUUAGUCGUAUUUUACAACAGCUUUUUAAAGCUCACCCAGCCAGUACCUUAUGCUCACACCCACACUGUAGAAAAAUGUUCAGAGGAAGCACAGAAUACUGUUUACAUCAGAUUCGGCAGCGGGAACAGCAUACAAGCAAACCGUCCAUAACAGCAUAAAUCAGGUUCUUUUCCUUCUAAUCCACUGUGUAUUGAAGUGAAACAUUUAGAACUCACUUACCUAUAUGGACAAGCAAUGCACACACGCCAAUUUAACUAUUGUAACUAUUGUAUUGUUUGUAUUGAAAUGUACAAAUAAUAAAGUCUUGGAUGUACAAGCA